AAAAAUAAAUCGGGUCACUCAAAUUCAAGCCAAAAUAACCCAAAAGCAUUCUCGUUGCAGACCUGAAGCCGCGGGAAAAACUCUCUCACUUGUGCCCACUUCCUACUGUACACGUCGGCGGCUCUCCAACGUCAUCUUCAUUCCAACGACGGGUUCAUUUUGGAAGCAAAGAAGAAGCCAAAAUCUUUUUUGGUUUGAAGAGAUGUCAGACAAAGGAAAGGAAUUUCGAAAGAGGUGGAUGACAAUAAGUUGUUAGAAACGGAUAAUGACAAGAUUUUGGAAAGUGCGGACUUAGCUGAUGAUGGAAUUGUAGGAGUAGAUGGUGUGAUUGUGCCUAAGGUCGGUGAUGCUACCAAAAAUCGUACCUGUAGAUUUCCCGAGCUUGAUGACUGAUUAUGAGCACGAGCGUGAUCUUUCGAUACCUGAGACAAAGGCAACGAGGUGUGUUCUCGUCGCCCCUCCGAUGCUUAAGUCAGAAAGGGAAAUAUAUGCGUGAGGCUAUGUGCUGAAGAACAAUGUAAAACGUACCUGAAUAAUGGCCCAAGGUUCUGCUUUUAUAGGAGUAGGUAGUGUACUCCUAGUAGGAUUGUGUUGGUUGGAUGUUUUAAUCCAAGGGAAUUUCUAUUAUAAAGAGUGUCCUACUUGUGAUAGAAUUGUUUGACAAGUGGUGUCAGGUUUGGUGUAGAAUCCUUGGGUGCUUAGGUUUGUUAGUUAGGCACCUAGGUCUAGGAGGCAUGUUGGUGGUGUAUGUCUCGAGGACUAUUCUCGAGGUUAUUGAGAGAAUGUAAAUGUGUCCUCGAGGUAUCUCGAGGACUAUGAUAUCUCGAGGACUUAGGAUGACCCCGAGGACCAUAGAAGAGAAAUGAGGUAGGAGUAUAUAUUGAGUCCUCGGGGAUAUACUCCUUGGGGUAUAUCAAUAUUGGCAUAGUCACUGGCCCCCGUGCACUCGUCCUAGAGAACGAGCUCUUAGGAUGGGGUGCACAUGGGUUAUGUCAUUUCUCGAACCUUCGUCGAGAAGUGAUGGCUGAUGAUACAGGUUGAGAUAUGACCGUUGCAGAGAGUGGCUUGGAUCUGUGACACGUGUCUUCGUGGACGGUCGUAGAUAGCGACCUUUGGCCUCCCAUCGUUUUCACCUAUAAAUACUAUUGUUCUCACCUUCAUUUUUCACUUUUACCCACUGUAAAUCAGAGUUCUGCGAGGUCGUGCUCGAGAAAAACACUUUGGGAACUUCUCAAGUCGUCGGGAACUCCAGGUAAGGCUCGAGACUUUAAGUUAUUCAUAAGCUAGGUCUUAAGUUUGUUAAGUGAUGUCGAGUAGUGAGGGUCGAGAAUCUUCUAGCAGUUCUAGUAGUAGUGAGGACGUAGGGACCUCGAUAAUACCGACGGCUAUUCCCCUAGAGGCUACUCCCGAGGCCCAAGUUAAUAUGGUUUUUGAGUAUCCCGACGAGCCCUGCAGGCUUAAAGAGCACACAGUCAUAGCUGCAGCUAGGGAACACGGUUUAAUGCCUAACUGCGAUGUUAGAUUCCCAGACCCCGAGGAUAGGAUUAUUCGAGCAUGACGAGGGGAGUUCGUUAUUUUUAGGGAGACCCUUAAGGCUGGCUUUAGGUGGCCCCUUCACCCCUUCUUUAUUGCUUUAUUAGUCGAGCACUCCAUGUGCCCGGGGCAAUUAGUGCCCAACGCCUGGAGGAUGCUCGUUUACUUUUUUAUAGCAUGUAGAUACUUAGGUAUCGAGCCCAACGUUAGCCUCAGCAAGUUAGUGUUCGAGCUUAAGAAGCAUCCUCGAUACACUUGUUUUGGCUAUCUCUCGACGAUUGGGGGCUUUAAAGUCCCGAGGAUGGCGAGCUCUUUAAAGGGGUGGAGGGCGGGGUGGUUUUAUGUUGUAGCCCAAGAACCCAAUCUUCCUUUCUGGCCUGAUUGGGGAAUCCCCGACGCCGAGAAGUUCUGUGAGGGCCAGGUGUAUCCGGAUGUUUUGGAAGAGCAUAGGAGGAUGCUGGUCGGGCUCAGCCCCCUUUUCUCGACGAUGAAGGAGAUUGGGGAAGAGGUUUUAGACCUGGCAGAUAUUAGAGGCGUCGAGGGUAUGUCUUUUGAUCCUCGGGCUCUCCGGAACUUUGUCAGCACAAGGGGAGGCGCUCCUCCACAGGGGCAGCCCUCGAGGAAGAAAAGCAAGAAGAGGCCUCGAGGGGCUCCUGAGGGUGUGAGGGGGCCUGGCGAAACUUCUCGAGCACAUCCAGAAGUCUCUACCCCUCUGCAACCGAAUCUCAGAUCUCCGACUCCUCGGGUCGUCACUCCUCGGCCUCCUUCUGAAGUGGUUGACCUUGAGGAUGAGCCGUCUCUCACCGGGGACUUUGGGACUUGCCACCUCGCUCCUGAGCUCGUAAACAAAUACAAAGAGGAGGUCAAGCUCGAGGAUGGGAUGAAGGUCCUCGAGGGUCUUACAGUGAAGAUGUUGAGUAUAGCUCGAGGACUCUCUCUGCAAGGGCUCGAGGAGGCCAAGAGGGCAGCUGGGGUCGAGACGUCCAUGGCCUCUAAGGACAGCAGGAUUCAAGACCUCGAGGCCCAGGUCGAGGUUUUAUUGAAGGAGCGUGAUGACGCGAGGAGGGAGGCUGCAAAGGCCGGGGAUGACUUGGUUGCAGCAAAGGAUGAGGUCGAGGGGGCGAGGCUCGAGCUCAUCCAGAAGUCAGAGGAUUUCGGGCGCGAGCUCGAGGCUGUCAGGGAGAGGACUUGGGAGGAGUUUAAAACCUCCGAGGACUGCGACAAGAUAAAAGGGGAGUAUGCGUCGGGGGCGUACUUCCAUGCUCUGAAAGAAGCCCGGGCCUUCCUCAGGCAGAAGUUGCCCGACGUCACUCCAGACGACCUGAAGACGGUGCCUUCCAUUGCUGAUACAUUGGAGCUCUCGGGUUCGGAAGAUGGAGGAGGAUCGGGUGGAGAUGAUGAGGAAGGUCUUGAGGACGACGUUGAGAUCGACAUUAGCAACCUCGACCCUCCUCUUGGCCACAUUGGAUGACAUCCCCACCCCGAUCCUUUGUAAUUUUUUAAUUUUGACAAUGUAAAUUGAUCGAGGAUUAUGUAUAAACUUUAGUUAAUUUAUUCGAACUAUUUAUCUCGACCCCUUGGACUUCAUACAAUCGAGCAAUCAAAUUCGAAACUUACUGCUCACGCGAUAUUGAAGUGUUUACUCGAGGAUUCCACAACUCGAGCGUAUUUAAGAGAUUAAAAGGUGAGACGUACAUUCUUGAGCACAAAAAUAUGAUGAUGGGACAUUCUCGAGGACAGUAAACCUCGAGAACAAUUAGUCUUAAAAAAUGAGGCCAUUCUCGAGGACCGUAGUCCCGAGCACAAUCAAAUUUUAAAAAUUGAGUGACAUUCUUGAGGACUGUAACCCCGAGCAAAACCAAACUUUAAAAAUUGAGUGAUAUUCUCGAGGACUGUAACCCCGACCAUUACCAAACUUUAAAAAUUGAGUGACAUUCUCGAGGACUGUAAUCCUCGAGCACAACUAAACUUUAAAUUGUGACAUUCUCGAGGACUGAAAUCCUCGAGCACACCAAACUUUAAAUUGUGACGUUCUCGAGGACUGAAAUCCUCGAGCACACCAAACUUUAAAUUGUGACGUUCUCGAGGACUGAAAUCCUCGAGCACACCAAACUUUAAAUUGUGACGUUCUCGAGGACUGAAAUCCUCGAGCACACCAAACUUUAAAUUGUGACGUUCUCGAGGACUGAAAUCCUCGAGCACACUAAACUUUAAAUUGUGACAUUCUCGAGGACUGAAAUCCUCGAGCACACUAAACUUUAAAUUGUGACAUUCUCGAGGACUGUAAUCCUCGAGCACAACUAAACCUUAAAAGUUGGGUUGUGAUUUCCUCGAGGACCGUGAUCGUCGAGCACACUAACUUUAAAGGGUUGUAAUGUGAGAUUCUCAAGGGUGUCCAAAAUAAUGUGGGAUUUUUGUAUGUCCCUGGGCGAUACCUUAAUGGUUUACACUUGAGUACAUGAUCAAGGCCUUUUGUGCUUGCGUGGGGCAAGGCUUUGGUGCUUGCUUGAGGCAAGGCUUUUUAAUGUGCUUGCGUGGGGCAAGGCUUUUUAAUGUGCUUGCCAGGGGCAAGGCUUUUUGA